AUGCGAGCCGCCGCCGCUGUGGCAGCAGCAGCCUUUCACUUCUUUCCGUCGUCAGGUCUAGGCGUCAACCGGCGGCGCCGGUCUCCCCUACUUCGUCAUCUCAGCAUUAUAUCCUCUCAAUCACCAGCCCCUCCUCCCCUCCACCCCCUACACCCUGAAGAUUCAUCCACAAGGGAUUUUGCUUAUCAAAUCGCGUGCAAUGGUUACAACGUUCUUGUUCCUGAUUUGUUUCGUGGGGAUCCGUGGAAGAAAAGGCAGCCUAAAGCUGACUUUGAAAAUUGGCUUGGUAGACAACAGACUGAAAGGGUAGCUAAGGAUAUAGAAUUAUCGACCAAAUGGAUGGUUGAUGAAUUAGCUGCUGCAGGGAUAUCCAAGAAACUUGGCCUUAUUGGAUUUGGUUUUGGUGGUGAACAUUUGAUAGAAACAUUAGCUAAGAACAACUAUUUUGGAACUGGUGUUUGGUUUUAUGGGACAACAAUCAGCACAUCCGUAGCUGAAGAUAUAAAUGUUCCAGUCCUUUUUAUCUGUGGGGACGGCGACCCUAUUUGUCCCGUAAGUUUAGUAUCAGAGAUGGAGAAGAUGAUCAAGGGCUCAAGAGCUGUAAUAUAUUCAGGAAGAGGUCAUGGAUUUGCUCAUCGCCCAGAAACUCAGGAAGAAGAUAGAGAUGCUGAGGAUGCCUUCAAUGUCUUGAAAAAUUGGCUGAAAGAUCGCUUGAUUUUGGAUGAGGAUAACGCUGUAGUCAGCAAACUGUUUGUUUAAUUUUUUUAUAAUUUAUGUGGACUAUAUCCCUCUUAUUUAUUAUAUUCGUCUUUGAAAGUGUGAUGGCGAUUAGAAUAAUGGAUGAAGCUUGUAACGAGCCAUAAGCUAUGUAGAUUAUGUUUUGAAGAUUUCUCCGGCUUUCAUUCA